GGGAAUGAUCCUCAUCUGGAUUCUGAGGCUGAGGGCACGAGUAUAAACGGCACUUACCGAAAUAACUGGUGGCGAAUAAGAUACGCGGCGGCUGGUUUGAUGACCUAGUCAGCAACAACUCGGUGAACUCCGGACGUGUAAGUAUGAGCGCACAACAUUUGGAUACGAAACGAAACCUAGCGAUUGUUUUAUUACACGAUCUCGAGAGUAUCUCGUGAAUGAUAUCAAUCGGGAUGGGAUCUAAGUCUCCUUCCCUUUCCAUCGAGUUUUUUCAAAGAUCGUGUUUAGGGUUCCAGUUCUAGCCUUAACGUAUGCUCCAAUUUAGAGUUUUAGAAGUGCCAUCACUCUAGAACCCCUAAUGGGCCUAAUGGGCCGUGUUAAAUUUUACCCAAUAAGAGAUUUUGUUUCUCACUUCGCAAGUCCAACGCUCAAUCUGAUUUUGACUCGAAUCAUCCAUCUCUUCCCCAUGGCUCUGAAUUCUUCAGCUUUCCUCGUUCCAUGUCACAAUUACAAUCAAAUUUGUGAUCUUCUUCUCUCUUCAGCUCGAACAAGAUCGACUUUUAAAGGGCUUCAGCUUCAUGGCUAUAUCGUUAAAUCAGGGCUUUCACUUAUCCCUCUCGUCGCGAACAAUCUCAUUAAUUUCUACUCCAAAUCACAGCUUCCGUUUGAUUCACGCCGAGCUUUCGAAGACAGCCCACAAAAGAGUGCGACGACUUGGAGUUCAAUCAUCUCUUGUUUUGCUCAGAACGAGCUCCCAUGGAUGUCACUCGAGUUUCUCAGGAAAAUGAUGGCGGGAAACCUUAGGCCUGACGAUCAUGUUCUUCCGUCAGCUACGAAGUCUUGUGGGAUUUUGAGUCGUUGUGAUAUUGGUAGAUCGGUUCAUUGUCUAUCGAAGAAGACUGGGUACGACGCUGAUGUGUUCGUGGGGAGUUCUUUGGUUGAUAUGUAUGCGAAAUGUGGAGAUAUUGUUAAUGCGAGGAACGUGUUCGACGAAAUGCCUCUGAGAAAUGUUGUUACUUGGAGUGGGAUGAUGUAUGGGUAUGCGCAAAUGGGUGAAAAUGAGGAAGCUUUGUGGUUGUUUAAAGAAGCUUUGUUUGAGAAUCUCGCUGUUAAUGAUUACUCGUUUUCGACUGUUCUUUGUGUAUGUGCCAAUUCGACUCUUCUUGAGUUAGGUAGACAGAUUCAGGGACUGUGCGUUAAGUCGAGCUUUGACUCGUCUAGCUUUGUGGGAAGUUCAUUAGUGUCAUUGUAUUCCAAGUGUGGUGUUCUCGAAGGAGCGUAUAAGGUUUUCGACGAGGUGCCUUUGAAGAAUCUUGGGAUUUGGAACGCGAUGCUUAAGGCGUGUGCACAACACUCGCAUACUCAAGAAGUUAUUGAGUUGUUCAAACGGAUGAAACUAUCUGGAAUCAAACCAAAUUUUAUAACUUUUCUGAACCUGCUCAAUGCUUGUAGCCACGCGGGUCUAGUUGAGGAAGGGAGAUACUACUUUGAUCUGAUGAAAAAAUCGAGAAUAGAGCCGACGGAUAAGCAUUAUGCUUCCUUGGUGGAUAUGUUGGGACGAGCUGGUAAACUAGAAGAAGCACUCGAAGUUAUCACGACUAUGCCAAUUGAUCCCACGGAAUCAGUAUGGGGAGCUUUAUUAACGAGUUGUACAAUACACAAGAACACAGAGCUUGCAGCAUUUGCAGCUGACAAGGUCUUCGAAUUAGGACCGGUGAGCUCAGGUAUGCACAUUUCGUUAUCGAAUGCGUAUGCAGCUGAUGGAAGAUUCGAAGACGCAGCGAAAGCUAGAAAACUGCUUAGAGACAGAGGGGAAAAGAAGGAAACAGGGCUAAGUUGGGUUGAAGAAAGGAACAAAGUUCAUACAUUUGCAGCUGGAGAAAGACGCCAUGAGAGAAGCAAGGAGAUAUAUGAGAAGCUGGCUGAGUUAGGGGAAGAGAUGGAGAAAGCAGGUUAUGUUGCAGACACGAGCUUUGUUCUAAGAGAAGUGGACAGAGACGAGAAGAAUCAGACCAUAAGGUAUCAUAGUGAGAGAUUAGCUAUUGCUUUUGGACUGAUCACGUUUCCGGCUGAUAGACCAAUCCGGGUGAUGAAGAAUCUGCGUGUUUGCGGUGAUUGCCAUAACGCAAUCAAGUUCAUGUCCAUAUGUACGGGACGAGUGAUCAUUGUUAGAGAUAACAAUCGGUUUCAUCGGUUUGAAGAUGGCAAAUGUUCUUGUAAUGACUAUUGGUGAAGAAGACAACAAACGAGAAUUGGUUUAUAUUUAAACACAACGUCUACUUCUUCUUCUUGAUCAUCCUUUGUUUUAGGAUAAAAUCACUACUUAUAUGGCUAUGUAUGUUUUUAUUAGGGACUGAAUGUGUUUCCAGACAUAGCACUAAUAAGACUAUUUUUUUUGUUGACCA